AACUCAGCUGAUGAAAUUGUUUCAGCAAUAAAAUUGUGUUUUGCAUCACACAUUUUCUUUCCAUUCAAUUGUAACUGAAGUGAAUUAAAAAUCGAAAACAAAAUCGAUCAACUCGAACUGGUUACACCAAAUCAACCGGAUAAAUAACUCAGAGCCACUUUUGUGUUCGUACAUACCAUGAACAGCAUCGGCGAAAAUUGCAACGAACUGAAGAAGCAAUACGACACCUGCUUCAAUUCAUGGUUUGCGGAAAAGUUUCUGAGAGGAAAAACGGACGAUACGAUGUGUGCACCUCUAUUCAAAAUCUACCAGCAGUGCGUUAAGGAUGCUAUGCGAGAUCAGAACAUCGAGUUCAAGGAAAUCGAUUCGGAUCACUUAGGAUCGGAUAAGGAAUACAAAGCGCCACCAUCAAGCUGACCGAUUCCAUGCUGGGCUCUUCAAUAAACCGUUUUAAGUUAAAGACUUUAGUGUUUGAUGUGUUGCGAACCGAAGUGAAACUUCAGCAGUUCACAAUAUUGGAUAUUAAUAGUAGUCGUUGUAUGCAAAGUGUUUAAUUGCCAUUCCAGUGCGAAGAAGGGAAAAAUGGAAUUUUUUGUUGUUGAUGGAAGACAAAGUGGUGUAGCCGCAAAUUAUAAAUAGAAAAAAAA